AUGGAACUGCUUGAACUGCGCUUGUCAUUUUUUGCCCACAAGUGGUCAGAUACCACACCAGUUGCAGUGUUGCAUCCGUUCACCCAGGAAGAGAAAGAGGAUGGUGAACUGGAGGAAGGAGAGAUCGUGGAGAAGGUGACCAGAAGCAACAAGGAGGCACGCAAAAGACCACGAUUCGACCCACCUGUGCAGGGCCCUGAAAUCAGACGCGGCACAAGCGUGGGUGGGCUCUCUGCAGGGAUGAAUGGUGCCCUGCAGGAGCCACGAACGGUGGGCCAUCGCUCUGGUGUGUCCUCGCCUCCCAGUGGUGCACCCACCACCAGUGGGGCACAAACGAACGCAUUUGCCACUGGCAGCUUCUUCCCGGUCGUGUCGUCAGGGCACCUUCCCCAGAUCUACCCAACCAUAUCCCAACCGCACCCAACACCCAACGUUCCCCUCGAACCCAUGCAGCAGCAGCAACCACAGCAGCACCUUCCUCAAAUACCACAGAACGUAAUCGUACAAGGGACCCAUGUCCUACAUGACACACUGAAACCCAGGUUCGCCAUUGUUGGUCCCGCCAUGGGGAACAUGGCACAGAGGCCACUGAUGGUCGACCAGCAAGUCAAUCAGCAGCCUCUAAUGAGCCAGCAGCCGUUCAUAAUCAACCAGGGGAUCAAUCGACCGCCAUUGAUUGUCCGCCCCGUCCAGCAUCCACCACAACAGCCACAACCCAGCAUCUACGCUGGCGCGGCCCCGGCUGUUGCUGUGCCAGGCAAUCAGCACGUUGUGGGCUUGCAGCAGCCCCUACUGGGGCCGCAGCUUGGUGUGCAGCAAAUACCGGGGCAGCUGAACCCACUGCAGCCACCACAGUCACCACAACCGCCACAGCCACCACAGCACAAUGUACUGAAUUUGCAGCAGUUCCCAGCAUUCGGGGGCCUCCAGACGUCUUCCCAAGGCGGCCAAGGGCCUAUUGAGGCGCUGCCCAUCCAGUCGAUGGGACUGAACGUGGUCCCAAGGCAGUACCCGUUCUUUCAGUGA